AUGGAAGACGACACCGUGGUCGAUGAGGCCUUGUUAAACAGAUCGAAGAACAAGUUCCGACGCUGCGUCUCACACGCGCGAGAUGAACUGCAUAGCUUUAGGUCAUACCUACGAUGGAUGUGCGUGGACCAAUCCAGUGUUUGGAGGGCAUGUCUUUCUUGGUUCAUGUUCAUCUUGUUCGGGAUUGUUGUCCCGGCCGUGUCCCAUUUCCUGUUCGGUUGCGCAGCCUGCGAUAGCAAGCACAAGAGGCCGUACGAUAGUGUGGUGCAAUUGUCAUUGAGCAGUGUUGCGAGCUUGUCCUUUGUUUGCCUCACAAGGUUUGUCAAGAAGUUCGGAUUGCGAAGGUUCUUGUUUUUUGAUAAGCUUUAUGAUGAGAGCGAGACGGUAAGGAAGGGGUACACAGCACAGCUCAAUAGAUCAUUGCAACUUUUAUGCUUCUUUGUCAUUCCAAUCUUUGCCAUUGAAAGUGUGUAUAAGAUAUGGUGGUACGCAUCUGAAGCCACACAAAUUCCUUUUCUGGGUAGUGUAUACGUGAGUGCCGCGGUAGCCUGCGUCAUGGAGUUGUGCUCGUGGCUCUACCGGACCACCGUGAUUUUCCUCGUCUGCGUUCUGUUCCGUCUGAUCUGCUACCUCCAAAUCCUACGGCUACAAGACUUUGCAACAAUGUUUGAAGUGGACUCUGAUGUUGGUUCAGUGUUGUCUGAGCACCUUAGGAUCAGAAGGCAUCUGAGGAUCAUAAGCCACAGGUGCCGUGCGUUCAUAUUAUGGUCUCUCAUUUUGGUCACAGGGAGCCAGUUUGCUUUGUUGCUCAUCACUACCAAGUCAAGCGCCAAGGAAAAUCUCGAUGUUUACAGAGCUGGUGAACUUGUGUUAUGCUCCAUAACAUUGGUUACCGGCCUCUUCAUCCUACUACGCAGCGCAACCAAAAUCACUCACAAGGCGCAAGCCGUCACAUGUCUCGCAGCCAAGUGGCACGUCUGCGCCACACUAGACUCGUUCGAUGCAGCGGCGGCUGAGAUUACCAGCGGCCGAGCGCUGGCUGAGGCCGUUGGUACGGAACGUGGAGAAUCAGACAAUGAGGAGGGUGAUGCCGAUGAAGAUGAAUUGGACAACACCAAGCUGAUCCCGUCAUAUGCAUAUAGUACCAUCUCUUUCCAAAAAAGACAAGCUCUCGUUACAUAUUUUGAGAAUAAUAGAGCCGGAAUCACAAUUUUUGGGUUUACACUGGACCGGACCACACUUCAUACCAUAUUUAUGCUGGAGUUAUCAUUGGUUCUCUGGUUAUUGGGAAAGACCGUCGGAAUUUCUUAACAGAAAGGUCCUACAUCAGACUGCCCUUAUGUUGCUAGGCCCAUGCCGGGAGAGGAAUUUUGCACUGCAAUUGGGGAUGCAUAUUCAUCCAAUUUUCUUUCUUUCUUUCUUUUUCUCUUUUAUAAUUUUUAUGUUUCAUAGUUUGGAAUUUUUUUUUUCUUGGUGAGCCUCUAUUUCCUUUAUCCAUUUAUAACUAUCAUUGUGUCCACAUAUUCACUAAAACUUCAGACAAAAUGCCGAACAAGGGAUUCCUCGGCCGGUGUACAAACGGUCUAGGCCUAUAUUCGGAGUUUUCGGCCGCUGGACGACGACCGCUUCUUGUUCUCACCCAACCGCUUCUUUAUUUUUUGUUGUUAUUUUGAAUUCUAUACUAAAGAAGAAGCUCCUAAAUAUGCGCGGGGCCAAAUCAGCAGCAUGAGAACUGUACUAACCUGACGCCAGUGACUUUCUCAUGGCUCCAUAGGA